GAUUAUCUAAGAGCUAGUUUCCCAGACAGAUUAAACCUAGUCCUCAGAUUUAAAGACUUCCUCCAAUGAUUUUUGUUUGUUUGUACUUGUCCUAUUGCAGUGGUAUCCCAAGUAUAAAUACGAUGUGCACUAAAGGGUAAAAAAAAAAAAGUUUUCUAUUUGGUGUUUUUUUAUACAACUGCAAACUUUAAGGAGUUGGUUUGACUGGAAGUCUUGAUGUCAUCGGCCUCCCCAUUGCUUGAGGAGCACUAGAGAACAGAAGAGGGAAGGCCCACCCCCACUGGUGCUGUCAUGACUUGCAUGGAUCACCUGUUGAGAUGUGUAAUCGGGUGUUUAAUGAUGUGACGAAGAGGCGGCUGCUGUUGUUGAAGAUUCACCAUUGAGGAUGCUCUUAGUCCAGGACUAGGCUUACUCAUUGACUGGGAAACUGGCCCUAAACAAAUUUGACAAGUUUUCUGUAGUCGAGUCAAAUCAGUUACUACACAGGCUCUCUUCUAAUACUCAAAUGAUGUGCCCACAUCUAUAUUGUUUGGGGUGGUGACUACUAAGGUGGUAACAUUACUUACACAUAUCCAAUCACUUACAGCCCUGUGCUUACUUCAUGGACUGGUGGAUUUAAAUACAAAUAUGCUCCUGAAAGUGACAAGGUGAAGAACCUGCCAUUAUUACAGAUGCAGUACUAUUACUUUACCCACACUACCAUUUAAUGGAUUUGGGGCAGGAAUUAUGUAUAUAGACUUAGUGAACAAUCUGGUGGUUAUGUCUAAUUGAAAGCCCGCACAGUAAGUUGUUGUGAACAGCGGUCUGAUCAAUUCGCUAUGAACUCAAAUAGGCCUACAAAUCUGUCGUUCUAGGCUUACUUAUUGAAAAUAAGAAUUUGUUCUUAACUGACUUGCCUAGUUAAAUAAAGGUAAAAUGAGACUCAUCCACUUCAUACAGAAUGUUCUGAAGGUUGAGACUUCAGAUAUUCACCUUGUUUGUCACAGCAUGCUCGAAUGUUAUUUAGUGUUUUGCUUUAUUUGUUGGAAUGACCAUAGCAUUGGCUACUGUCUACUACAUACAUAAAGGUUUGCGUCUCAAAUGGCACACUAUUCCUAUAUACUGCACUACUUUUGAACAGAGAUUUAUGGGUCUUAAUCAAAUUAGCAGCCUAUAAGGAAUAGGGUGCCAUUUUGUUAUUUAAAAUAUUGUAAGGUUUCGGGAUAGUAAAUUAGAACCCAUUCUUCAGUUCCCUGUCUGUUAACACUGGGUCAUUGUCUAGCAGCUGUUUGCAGACUGGAAAAAGACCAGGCCAAAUCCUCAAACUGCGCCAUAUGACUACGGUAAUGCUAUCAUUUGUGCGUUGUUUCCAUGGCACUUUGGUAAACUUUGACAGAUUCUGCAUGUGAGUUUAUUUACACUAGAUGGGGGUGUUGCAAAGUCAAUGGGAGCUACCCAUAUAUCAAUGUUGCUUUUGUGAACAUUUCAUAAUUAUUCUAUAUUUGGCCUAUACCUAUACUUUUUUCAUAAACUUGAGUAUCCAUUUACCACGUGCCAAGUCUUAUUUUUCCAAUUACAUUUUUUUCAUUACUAUUCAUGUUCCUACUUUCAGGUUCUGCGCUCUCUCGCUUCGUCUCAAGCGUCUCUUAUUUCUACGCGCUCCGGUGCAGGGACGGCCCUUGUCUGUGGAAUGACUGAACCAGCAGACGGUUGCGGUAGGAUGGCUGUGGUUGAAACGGGCUGACCGGGCACGGUGUGCUAAUUUUCUUUUUCACGAAUACUUUUGGGAUGCUUUCCUUUAACGAUCUCCCUGCAUAUUUUGUCUACUGUGCGUGUGAACGAGUUUACAUUAUCCAGCAUGCUUUUUCAUUACUGUUUAUAGCUUUGUUACAGAAGACGGGACUGAGCUGUCGGUUUACUAGAGACUACUAGAUAUUGGAUAAUUAAACUCGGGCCAGGAUGUCUUCAAUACGGGAGGAUUAUAUGGCACCUUGGUGGACAUAUUGGCUACACAAUUUCCCUCAUGUCAACUUGAACUUUCAGCCCAUCGACCACACGUUCACCCCCCAGGAUCAGAACUACCAGCAGUCAUUAAUCUUCCUGGCCUGUAUGGUGGCUGCAGGGCUGGGCCUGAACCUGCUCUGCCUGGCCAUUUACCUGAGCUGCCUGUGCUGCUGUCGGAAAGACGAGGAGGAGGAGGAGAGCAAGAGCCCCAACUCCUGCUGUGUCACCUGGUCCGCCGUCACCGCCGGACUCCUCAGCUGCGCUGCUGUGGGAGUGGGUUUCUAUGGCAACAGCGAGACCAACGAUGGGGUGUACCAGCUGACGUACUCCCUGUACAACACCAAUCAUACCCUGGGAGGGGUCGACAGCCUGGUGACGGGCACCAUGGGUAGCAUGGAGAGUGGUCUGAAGCAGCACCUGGCGAGGUUGGAUGAGAUCUUCGCUACGCGGGGAGACUACGUACAGACCCUACGCUUCAUGCAGCAGAUGGCUGACAACGUCAUUAAACAGCUGUUGGGCCUGCCUGACUGGGACAUGACUAAAGUAGACCUGGCCGCUAUCGCAGACCAGACCACAUACAUAGAGUACUACAGGUGGCUCACCUACCUGCUGCUACUGAUUCUAGAUCUGGUGAUCUGUCUGGUGGCUUGCCUGGGCCUAGCCAAACAGUCUCGCUGGCUGCUGACAACUAUGAUGGUGUUUGGGGUGCUGACAUUGAUCCUGAGCUGGGCGUCUCUGGGAGCUGACCUGGCCUCUGCUGUGAGCACCAGUGACUUCUGUGUGACCCCAGACAAGUUCAUCAUGAACCAGACCAAGGACCUAAUCAGUUCUGAGAUAGUGCAUUACUACCUGUACUGCAGCCAGGCCCUCCCCAACCCAUUCCAGCAGUCUCUGACCAUCUUCCAGAGGUCUCUGACCACCAUGCAGAUACAGAUACAGGGCCUGCUGCAGUUCGCUGUGCCUCUCUUCCCAACCGCCGAGAGAGACCUACUGGGCAUUCAGCACCUACUCAACUCAUCAGAGGCUAGCCUCCACCAGCUAACUGCCCUACUGGACUGUAGAGGACUCAACAAGGACUACCUGGAUGCCCUGAUCGGUGUGUGUUAUGAUGGGGUAGAGGGCCUGCUCUACCUCUGCCUCUUCUCCAUCCUGGCAAUUUGUGCCUUCUGUGCCAUGCUGUGUGCCAUCCCCCGGGCAUGGACACAUAUCACCAGCAGGGAGCGUGAUUAUGACGAUAUAGACGAGGGUGACCCGUUUAACCCUCAGGCCAGACGCAUGACGACCCACGACUCCAACCAUGCCACCAACAUGCACAGCUUCUGCAGCUACAGCUGCAGUGUGGGCAGCCAGAGCAGCCUUCACCCACCUGCCGCCCAUGCUGCCCAGACUGUGUCCAACGCACCCGUCUCAGAGUACAUGAACCAGUCAGUGUUGUUCGGGGGAAACCCGCGGUACGAGAACGUUCCUCUGAUCGGGAGAGGCUCUCCGCCCCCCUCGUACUCCCCCGGCAUGAGGGCUACAUACCUGUCCAUGACUGAGGACCAGAUCAGACACUUUGGGAAUGAUUUCCAGGCAUAGAGCUGCUCCUCCCUCCCUCCUCCUCUUUAAUCUCUGCCAUCUCCAAGAGGGUUCUCAAACAGGCAAACACACAUACACACACAACUACUCCAGCAGUGUGUGACUUUGUGGCUGCUACACGGACCCACUUCUCGUCCAACUCACUGGACUGGACCAAGGCCUGAUAUGAGGAAAGGUGUGACACACACAGUUGUCACAUCCCAAACCCCAGAGCCCAGUGUCUAUGUCUUAGUCACCAUGACUCCAGCCCAUAGAAUUAGAAUGAUUCUAUUAUGUGAUUCUAUUCAAUCUAUUUCAGUUCUCCCUUGCUGUCUCCAGAGAAUGCAGCAAUGUAAAGCCCUACUAUUCCACUUCCACAUUGCAUGUUGUGUCCACUGUCUGAAGGUGUAGUCAAAAGAAAUUCUGCCGAAGUUCUCUUGGAAAUAACACCAAACUUUUCUAAUAGCUUUAGAUUGAAAUAUUUUGGUUUGUCUGCAGCAUUUGUUUUAGGCAAGACCUUUGAAAAUGUAAGAAAGAGAAAUUAUAUAUAUUUUUUAUUUUCAUUUCAUUUGACCUAUAACAUCAAACUUACAACAUGUCCUUAGGCCACCAAUUCAGUAUGUGAGUCCUCAUAUUUCCCAGCUCUUUGUGUAGUAGUAGUGUUGAAAAAAAAUGGUAAAAUGGAAAUUGUCAUAAUAAUGAUUUCUUUUAAAACCGCUAGCUUGAUUCAUUCACUCUGACGAGACAACAGCAACUUUUACAGGAAAUUGCUUUUAUAAUGAUCUAUUGUUCAGAUACUAAUGAUAUGAUUAGUCUAUUUUGAAAUUAAACUUCUUCUAAAACAUAUGUUAAGAAUGGAAGCAUGUUUUUGUGCCUAUAACCACUCCCUAUUCACCUAAAAAUAUGUUCUAUAAUAGCUACUGUAGGUCUAUGACUGUUAACUCAAAAGGAGGGUCCAUACUAUGACUGUUGAUACCUGAUACUCCAACACAUUUGUAUUUGUUUAAAUUGGCCAAGAACAAGUACAUCAGAAAUGACAUUCACACUCUUAGAACUGGAAAGUGUCUACUGUCAAAGGGUCCUCCCUUUUCCUACACGGCUACAAACGACACAUACUGUAUAUGCCAUAAUAGUAGUUAUAUGUUUCCACAUACACCUCAGACCUAAACAUUGUGAAGCACAAACCUAACCCUGACUGUAUGGUAGGGCCUGGGAUAGGGGCCCUACACCCUGCCCUCUCUACACUAUGCCCUCCCUACACCAUGCCCUCUCUACACUAUGCCCUCCCUACACCAUGCCCUCUCUAAACUAUGCCCUCCCUACACUAUGCCCUCCCUACACUAUGCCCUCCCUACACUAUGCCCUCCCAACACUAUACCCUCCCAACACUAUGCCCUCCCGACACUAUGCCCUCCCGACACUAUGCCCUCCCAACACUAUGCCCUCCCUACACCAUGCCCUCCCUACACCAUGCCCUCUCUACACUAUGCCCUACCAACACUAUGCCCUCCCUACACUAUGCCCUCCCUACACCAUGCCCUCCCUACACUAUCCCCUCCCUACACUAUCCCCUCCCUAAACUAUGCCCUCCCUAAACUAUCCCCUCCCUACACUAUGCCCUCCCAACACUAUGCCCUUCCUACACUAUGCCCUCCCAACACUAUGCCCUUCCUACACUAUCCCCUCCCUACACUAUGCCCUCACAACACUAUGCCCUUCCUACACUAUCCCCUCCCUACACUAUGCCCUCUCUACACUAUGCCCUCCCAACACUAUGCCCUCCCAACACUAUGCCCUCCCAACACUAUGCCCUUCCUACACUAUCCCCUCCCUACACUAUCCCCUCCCUACACUAUCCCCUCCCUACACUAUGCCCCCCCUACACUGUGCCCUUCCUACACUAUCCGCUCCCUACACUAUCCGCUCCCUACACUAUGCCCUCCCAACACUAUGCCCUCCCAACACUAUCCCCUCCCUACACUAUGCCCUUCCUACACUAUCCGCUCCCUACACUAUGCCCUCCCAACACUAUGCCCUCCCAACACUAUCCCCUCCCUACACUAUGCCCUCCCAACACUAUGCCCUCCCAACACUAUCCCCUCCCAACACUAUGCCCUCCCAACACUAUGCCCUCCCAACACUAUGCCCUCCCAACACUAUGCCCUCCCUACACUAUGCCCUCUCAACACUAUGCCCUCCCAACACUAUCCCCUCCCUACACCAUGCCCUCCCAACACUAUGCUCUCCCAACACUAUGCCCUUCCUACACUAUGCCCUCCCAACACUAUGCCCUCCCAACACUAUCCCCUCCCUACACUAUGCCCUCCCAACACUAUCCCCUCCCUACACUAUGCCCUCCCAACACUAUCCCCUCCCUACACUAUGCCCUCCCAACACUAUCCCCUCCCUACACUAUGCCCUCCCAACACUAUCCCCUCCCUACACUAUGCCCUCCCAACACUAUCCCCUCCCUACACCAUGCCCUCCCAACACUAUCCCCUCCCUACACUAUGCCCUCCCAACACUAUCCCCUCCCUACACUAUGCCCUCCCAACACUAUCCCCUCCCUACACUAUCCCCUCCCAACACUAUCCCCUCCCUACACUAUGCCCUCCCAACACUAUGCCCUCCCUACACUAUCCCCUCCCUACACUAUGCCCUCCCAACACUAUCCCCUCCCUACACUAUGCCCUGCCAACACUAUCCCCUCCCAACACUAUGCCCUUCCUACACUAUCCCCUCCCUACACUAUGCCCUCCCAACACUAUCCCCUCCCUACACCAUGCCCUCCCAACACCAUGCCCUCCCAACACUAUCCCCUCCCAACACUAUGCCCUUCCUACACUAUCCCCUCCCUACACUAUGCCCUCCCUACACUAUACAGAUACCCCUCUGUGUUGCAUGCUCUUCUCCAUUCAGAAAGUCCUGCACAGUGUCUGACACAGGAUUUUAUGUUUUGAGCCAUCAUUUGAACAGACUAAGACUGUUAUUUUGGACUACCGGUAUUCAUAUUUUCUUUUAUGGUUGUCCCAAUGUGCCACGGGUUGUGUUUUAAACCAAUAAAGCCCUUGGGAGCGAGUUGCUCUGCCACAAUAUCAGAUAUUUUUUCAGAGGCCAUUGUUAUAUGAUGGCAUUCAGUUGUAUGUAUAUUGUAAUAAAAACAUAUAAACUUGAGUUUUGGUCAUGACUUGGAAAUUGCUGAAAACUGGAGGAGAAAUUGUGUUCAGAUAUCAGUUUUAACCUGAUUAAUGAUAAUUGUCUUCCAUUUUGAGAAACAUAGUCAUACUCUGAAUGAACAUUCUGUUUUCAUCUUUUGUCAGUUCAUGUUUAAUUCUGUAGGGUUUUGUUAUGUUAUUUUCUGUUUAUUUUUCAGUUUGAGUCCAUGUGAACUAGCACUGUCUUCAACUAUUGAGUGGUGAUUGAUUUCUAUGUAUCCUCAGAGAUGGGGUGUAAUUGUAAGUUAAUAAAAUACUUUUGUGUAGCUAGUA